GUUCCCCUCCACUCAACCGCCAGCGCUAGGGUUUCGCCAUCACCAUUCCCCACUGCGCCACCGAUCGGCGCCGCGCUAGCUCGCCCAUGCCGAGCCCCUAGCCUCCUGGCGCCGCUCCAUGUCCCGCUCCUUCUUCCCGACCUGCUCCUCACAGAAAGCGGAAAUGGAGGAGAUGAGCAAGGAGCUCGACGACCUGCGGGCCGAGGUGGAGGCGCUGGCCGCCCAGCUCCGCGCCAAGUCCGACCUCACCGACGGCCUCAAGCGCGCGGGCGCCGACCAGGCUGCGCGGCUGCGGGACGCCCGGGCGGAAGCCGAGCGGCACGCGGCGGAGGCCGCGGCCAGGGGCGAGGAGGCCGCCGCCGCCGGGGAGCGCUGCGGGUUGCUGGAGGCCAGGCUGGCCGACAAGGAGCAGGCGCUGAGGCACCUCUGCGCGGCGCACGAGGCGCUCAAGAGCACCCUCCGGGAGAGGACCGAGGCGCUCGAGGCCGACAAGAGGGGGCUCCUCGCGGCGCUCGAGGACGCCGAGGCGGGGCGGGCGGAGCAGGAGGGCACCCUGCGCGCGCGCGACGGCGAGGUCGCGCGGCUCAGGGGGCUCUUGUCGGAGAAGGAGAGGAGGUGCGGCGAGGCUGAGAAGAGGGCGUUGGCGCCGAGGGAGGUGGCGGUGAGGGAGGACAUGCUGGUGAAGCUUGAGGAGGAGAAAGCCGCUGUCGAGAGCAAGCUCAAGUGGAAGGCCGAGCAGUUCCGGCACCUUGAGGAGGCGCUCAAGAAGGUCCAGGAUGACUUCAGGGCGGCCAAGAAGGAGUGGGGCUCGGAUAGGUCAACAUUGGUUGAUCGCAUUGGUGCUCUUGUGGCUGAUUUGGAUUCCAAGACCAGGGUUGCAGAGGAUUUCCGAUCCAAGCUGGAGAUGUGCAGCCAGGCAUUGGCACAUGAGGAAGGCCGGAGGAAGCGGGUGGAAGCAGAGAUGUCUGAGCUGCGCCAUUUGUAUGGCAAUGUAGUCUCAGAAUAUGAAGAGGCGAAAUCAAUGGUCGAGUCGUUGACCACCAAUAGGGAUGGUGAGAUUGCAUCUUUGAGGAGCUCGCUGGCUGAGAAGGUCACAUUGCUUAAGGAAAUGGGGUACACUAAGGCACAUCUUGAGCAAGACAAUGAGGAUUUGCGGUCGAUGCUGAAGGAGUACCAAGAAGCACAGAUUGGUGGCGCAGAUGCUGUUGUGUCAUUGAAAGAUCUGCGGGAGAAUUUCCGAGCUCUGGAGCAGGCACAUAGAAAUUGCACUGAGAAGCUGAGAGAUAAAGAAGCAGAGUGGAGAAUGCAGAUGGAGAAGCUUGGGGGUGACUUGGACAGAUGCUUAUCACAGCUGGAAUCUAAAGAUAUGCUUAUCAGGGAAAUGCGGAAUGAGUUACUAGGCAGUUACAAGUCCCUUGAGCUGCAAACUGUGGAGAAUUGGGAAGCUUUGAUAAUUAUCACUGUUGUACAGUCAAAAUUUCACGAGUCCUGCUCAUGUAUUGAUACUGUUAAACUGAAUAUGCAGCAUCAUUGUGAAGAAGUUGAAAAGGAAAUUUCUUCGGUUAGAAAGCAGCUGGAAGAAAGAAACUGCACGAUUGUUCAAUCUCAAGUGGAACAGAAACAGCAAUCUGAGGUAAUAGAAAAAUUGCAGGGAAGAAUUGAGGAGCUAGAACAUGCAGAACAAGAGCACGAGAAGAUGCAAAGGCAGGUUGAUGCAUACAAAGAGAUGCUUGACAACACAUCAAGAGAUGUUCACUGCAUAAAAGAUGAAGCUUCAGAGAAAGAAAACAACCUGCAGGAGAAAUUGAGGGAGGCAUUAGGUGCUCUCGGUGAAGCAAACUGUGCCCUUGCUGAUAGGAAGAAUGAGCUGAGCCAAUUAGAAAUCAAUCUUCAUCAGCAAAAGCAAGCAGUUGAGCAUUUGGAACAACUGAAAGCUGAUAUGCAAAACGAGCUCAAAGGCUAUAUGGAUAGCAACCAUACACUGAAGAGAGAUCUUGAUGCUGCCCUUGUUGCCAAGAUGGAAGCUGAGAAGGUGCUUAGACAAGAAAAGGUAAAGUUACUAGGUGCCCUCGAUGAGGCAAAUUAUGUCCUCUCAGAGAGGAGCAGUGAGCUGAGCAAAUUUGAGAACAAUUUUCAUCAGCAAAAGCAAGCAUUGGAGCAUUUGAAGAAGCUGAAGGUUGAUAUGGAAACUGAACUCAAAACAUAUAUGGAUAAAAACUGCAUACUGAAGAGAGAUUUGGAUGUUGCUCUUAUUGCCAAAAUGGAGAGUGAGGAGUGUCAUACAAAAGAAAAGGAGAAGUUAUGUGGUAUAAUUAGCGAGAAAGGAAAGGUGAUUGAUGAGCUUCAGCAGCACAUUGCUGUACUAGAAGAAGAAAACCUGGGCCAAAAAAUUGACUUGGGUAGUCUUAUCAAGAUGGAGUAUGAGAAAUCUAUUCAAGAAGUAAACAGCAGCUACUCUGAAAUUGUUGAGGUCUAUGACAAAAAACUUUUGGAGCUUGAAGAAAGGGUUAGUUCCUUUGAGCAGAAAUUCGCAUGUAGGGAGCAGGAGAUCAUGUAUAUGUUUGAUCAAGAGGAAGCAGAUUGGUAUACACUAAUUGCAGAGAAAGAAAUUGCUAUUUCUGAUAUUCAACGAACUGUUGAAUCUGUUAAACUUGACAUCGAGCAACUUCUUGAAAAUGCAGCAGCAAAAGUCACAGAAGUUCAGCUCGAGGUUAAUCAACUUUAUCGAUUUGCAGAAUCUCUAAAUUCACUUAAUAUCAUCCAAGAGCAUGAUAGUGUUUUCAAGGAUAUGCUCAUUGCAGAAUGUGAAAGAGAACUCGAGUCUCUGCAGGUGGAUCUAGUGCUAGAGAAAGAGCAGUCAGGAAAUUUGAAGAAUCGUAUUGAGCAGCUCAAAGCUGAGUCUACUGCACAAAUGACAGAAAAAUCAAAGGAGCAUCUGGAAGUUGCAAAUAAACUUAAAUCGUUGGAGGAAAGAAAAGAAAUGUUAGAAGAGCAGCUGGGAGUGCUAAAGUAUAGAACAACAGAUCUGUCUAAUGUUGUUCUUCAAGAGAGGAGUGAGUUAGUUGAUGAGCUGACUGGGCUCACCAAUACCAUGGGGGAGGUAAUUUAUGGAGGUGAAAACCUGAUGUCAAAUUUGAGAAUGAUCAUGCAGAAAGUUAAUGAAGAGGAACCAUCCGAUGACAAGCCUAGCUUAGAUAAAACUAAUGCUAGAACUUCUGCAUCUUUGAUCAGGAACAAAUCAGCGCAGGUUGUAGAGAGAAGAUCACCUCUGAAGGAGCACAACUACUAGUCUUUGUACCUGGUAGAUAGGUCAGAUCGUGUACUGACACUGUUGUAACAUUUGUACUCUGUUUUCCAAGAAUCCUAGAGACUUCACAUGCUGCCCAUAGAUUGCUAGAUUUGUACCUUUUCUUUUCCUUCCCUAAUGCCAUGUGUUAUGUUAUUUACACGCAAUGGAUGUGGGUUAUCCAACAUGUUUUUUUUUAUUGGACUGGAUUUGAAUUACAUAGAUUCCCCAUUAUUGAAUGGAAUGAAGCCUAUUCUGGAUUUGCUGCUA